AUGUCUGCUAAUGUGACAGUGGUCGUUCGGUAUCAGGAGCCCUUCGCUAAAGCAAUAGUCAAGAACAUGAUCGUGGUGGUCCUGGGGGUCUCCAUCAACUACAUCAAUGCCAGCCUCUUCCACACCUUCAGCAAACACCAGAUCUUCUACAGAAAUCCUCGCUACAUCCUUUUCAUUCACCUGGUGGUCAAUGACAUGAUCCAAGUGACGCUGACUAUAACCAUGUUCAUCAUCAGCUACACCAUUUAUCAAAUCUAUGUCUCCAUCUGCUGGGCCAUAAUCCUGUUGGCUCUCUUGGCCACUGAGAACACGCCUCUGAACCUGGCCUGCAUGGCGGUGGAGUGCUACAUCGCCGUCUGUAUGCCGCUUCGCCACACGCAGAUCUGCACCACCAGGAGAACGUUGCUUCUGAUUGGUUUAAUCUGGAUUACGAGCAUGGCGUCUGUCCUUCCUGAUCUCUUCAUCACUUUGGCCACUGAGUCGCCAGACUUCUACAGAUCCAGAAUCUUGUGCCUCAGAGAAAACGCCUUCCCGAAUCCGCUACUCGUCAAGAAGAGAGAUGCCAUACAUUCAGUUUUUCUGGUGACAGUUUGGAUCACCAUUUUCUACACAUACUUCAAGAUCCUGUUUACUGCAAAGGCAGCAAGCAAAGAUGCUAAAAAGGCCAGAAACACCAUCCUCCUGCACGGGUUCCAGCUGCUGCUGGGAAUCUCAAAAUACAUAGCCCCCCCAGUAUUGAGUGGUCUAAAGCGAUGGUUUCCUCAGCAUUAUGUAGACUAUCUCUUUGCUUAUUAUAUCAUUGUACAAAUCCUGCCUAGAUCCAUCAGUCCUGUCAUUUAUGGUGUUCGAGACAACACCUUCAGGAGGUACCUGAAAAGGUAUCUGAUUUGUAAAUCACUGUAUAGUAACCGUUCAGAAGCUUCAGGUAAUGAGUUCCAAAAAAAGGCCAAAGAUUUGACCACCUCCUAG